GGAGGGGAGAGGGAAGGCGGGGGCGGUGGCGGCGGCUGCGAGGAGGGGUAGUGUUCUCUCCGUGUCCCCGACUUGCGCUCAGGAAGCAGCCGCCGCCGCCGCCAUGUUGGCUUGAGAGGCGAUGACAGGAGGCGGCUGCGGCGUUUGGGACUGAAAAGUGGAGGAGGAGGAGAGACAAAGCUCCGAGAGGAAACCAUUCCCGGGCUGAGGAGAGGGAGGACCCGGCCUCUUCCGGGGACCAGCCGAAGUCGGCGUCGAAGGGGAGGGGAAGGUGGCGACGCGGGGAGGCGGAGGCAGGAGAGGAGCGCCGAGAAGCCGGAGACGAUGCGCCCCGAGACCCGCCGCUGCCCGGAGGCGCCCGCGGCCUGAGCCCCGAGGGGCCGUGGGGUCUCCCGCCCGACCUGAGCGCCCCGCGCCCCCCGCGCCCCCCGCUCGCCGCCCCGGGCUUUCGCUUCGGCUCCCAACUAGUUAAAUGCCCUUGAGCGCGGGUUUCCGCGGCCCGGCCGCCAGCCCCGGCAGCGCGAGUUGAGCUGUUUGCCCCGCGCCGUCCGCCGGCGCCGGCCCCAGCGCGGCCGCCACUCACUGCUCACGCGUCCAUGUGUAGCCACAUAGUUAUCUAUGUACAUCCACGCCGGGGCAUUUUCUUCCUGCUUAAUGAGGACUUGACUCGGGAGCAAGUGUGAAUCACUGCCGGGCUGGGAAAGGAGGAAGGCGAUUUAACCCCCUCCCACCCCGCUCCAUGUCCGUGUGUCACUCGGCUCGGUCUACCUGGCGCGGCCGGUCCUGGGGCUGCUGCUGCCGCUGACGACGACGGGGGCUGCUGCUGCUGCCAUCCCGGGAGUGCUCUCCGGCGCCGGCCACACAGCUCCUGGGGUUGUUCUCUUCGCUCAGAACCUCGGCCAGCCCGGCACUUUGGCUCCGAAAUAACUUAUUUUUUGGAAAGCACAUCACGAACCAGUCAAGAUCGUUAAGGCUGAUUGCUGUACCUUGAAAACUUUUGCUCUUUUUUGUUUGUUGUAUUUUUUUUUUCCCCGGUAAACAUCUGGGUGUAUAUCAAACGGCAAGAUGUCCAGUAAUGUUCCGGCAGAUAUGAUAAAUUUGCGCCUCAUCUUGGUAAGCGGGAAAACAAAAGAGUUCCUGUUUUCUCCUAAUGAUUCUGCUUCUGACAUUGCAAAGCAUGUGUAUGACAAUUGGCCAAUGGACUGGGAAGAAGAGCAGGUCAGCAGUCCAAAUAUUCUACGACUUAUUUAUCAAGGACGAUUUCUGCAUGGAAAUGUCACAUUAGGAGCAUUAAAACUUCCUUUUGGCAAAACAACGGUGAUGCAUUUGGUGGCCAGAGAGACAUUGCCAGAGCCAAACUCUCAAGGUCAGAGGAAUCGCGAAAAGACUGGAGAGAGUAAUUGUUGUGUAAUCCUGUAAACACUGUCUGCUAGGUGUGCUGUGAUGUAGUCUUUGUCUUUCAUGCUGCUGGGACAGAAGAGACCCAACAUUGCUUCAGAAACCCUUAGGAAGAGUCUGCCUGUAAAUCCAUGGAACUGAAUAAUCUCAUGAACAGUCAUCUUCUUGCGUCAGAGUAAAAAGAACCAAGAACAUUUUUUCACUAUGAUUUUUUAUUUCUAGUAUCUUUGUUUAUGUUGAGCAGUUUUAAAAUAUAUUGGUUUUUGAAUGCUGUCAAUCGCCGGGGGCAGAGUUAAGUUCUCUUUCCUAGCGGAAGCCAUUCUGCUGCCACAGAAAUUUGCAUCACCAGAACUAACAAAUCAAGUGUUCCAAAUAUAGUUUGCACUAAAAAAGAUUGACAUUAUUUUCUUCAUAGCAGAAUUUACAGCAUGGUUUAUGGCACCUAGAAAUGCUCAGAAAUACAAUAUUCCACACUGGAAAACACUCAGCAAUUAAUGAAGUUAAUUAGUGGGCCAACUGGAGAGGGAAAAAUGGAAAAGAAACUGAAAUGUUGGGUGAAUUCUAUCAGAGUCAGCCAUGGGGGCUGCACUGGCACAGAAUACAAACCUGAGUAUGACUAUUUUCACUGCAACAAAUGAGAAAACAAAAUGUGCCUGUUGUUUAAAGCACUCAGCAGAGAGCUGAUGAAACAAAUUUCUUUUCCUUUCACACACGCACUCCUCAGUCACGCUGUCACCGAGUGCUUGUCCACACAGCACAACAGGGGUGCGAGCGCGCUUCCUAGCCUUAAUGUGGGAGGGUCAAUUCCAUACUCGUAGACUUGCAUUGCCGCGCAGAGAUAAUAGAAAACCUCAUUUACUCAUCAGUUUUAUGUAUUUGAAGAUCAGCAAAUUGAAUUUUUCCAUAAUUAUUGCUCAUCUGUAACUGUGUCCAGUGUCACACUCAUUCAUUAGAGUUCAGAUGAAUUCUUAAAAUUUAAAUAAUUCUCCAUAGUAACUAAUUUUGUUUCUUUAUGUAGUUUGCAUUUGGUAUUAGUGCUUGCAAUUGUAUUAAAAUCAAAAGUUGACUUUUAAAGCAUACUACAUGAAUAAGGAUGCCAUUCUUUUGUUUUGUACCAAUAAUUUAAAAAUUGAUAUGCUAAAAUAAUUUGCACAGCACUAAAGCAUGAGCUAGUUUCAUCUAAACCUGUAAAAAUAUAAAAGAUUUUAUAUUUUUUCACUGGGAAGAAAUUCUUCCUGGAUGAAAUUACAAAUAUGUGUAGAAUAUAUUUAAUAAAAAACUUAUAAAAUACCUAACUAUAGAACUUAAAUAUAGAUUGGCGUGUAGUAUAUAGAACAAUAUUCCAUAUAAAUAACUUUAGCCUUUAUAAAAAUGAAGCUGCAGGCUGACAUUACGUUCUGUACUUAAGUAAUUAAGUGUCCGUGGCCCUUAAAAACAUUCAGUGUAAAUGGUUUCAGAUGGUCAGCUUUGUCUAAAGGUAAUCAGGUUAUUUUGUUCAUUGUCAGUGCUUUGAUGAAGAGGCUUUAUAUGCAGUAGAUCUACGAAAAUAUUGUUCAUACUGAUCAGAAUUAAAUUUGUAUAGAGCAGAGUUUUAAAAUGAAUGUAAAUAGCACUAAACAUUUUCUUCCUGCAACCUAUACUUAUUCUUUCUGUAAACUAAAAAAUAUAAUGCAUUUCAGUGGUAAUUUUAAAGGUCUUGAUUAAGUCGAUUAUUGUUUAAGCACGGUCUCAUCCAUGUUAAAAUUUGUUUUCUACUUUUGUUUCUGAAUCUUUAAGAAAUUUGUUUAAUAUUCUCUUGUUUCAGAGUAUUCCAUGUAUCUUUGAUAUUUAACCUGGUUAAUUUGUGCACAGAGCAACAAUGGACAGCAUUAUGCAGUCUCUGUCAUCACUAAAAUGUAUUCAGAUGUUAAAUAUUUAUAUGCUUUGUUGACUAGCUCAAAUGUGAAUUCCUAGUGUUGACUAAAGAGGAAUCUGAUAGUUACUUAAUUGGGCAAUUAAGCCAUUUAUGGCUCUAUUCUUCUUUGUAAAACAAACUACUGGUAAUUAUUUUUAAUACCUAUUUUAAUUCUAAUUUUACUCUUCUGUCUUUCCAAAGUUAGACUAUCAGUUAAUUAUGAUUGAAUUUUUAUGAUUGUUUAAAAAAUAAUUCUCUAUUGGUUUUCAAUAUAUUUUUCUGUGUGUUCUCAUGUUAUAAAUUUCCCUUUUACAGGACCUCAAUUUAAAGUUUGCAAAAUGGAUAAACCGGUUUAUUAGUAGAGAAGGAAUUAUGUCACUUAAUUCCUGAUAACAUUGUUGUGCAAAAUGGGAAAAUAAAAUAGCAGUAAAAUUAUAUACCGAAAACACCAAAAAUUGAGAUGCCUUAAUAGUAUAUCCAUGAAAAUACUCAACUGUCCCUUUGAAAAUAGUUCCUUGGACUGCCUGAAGUUAAAAUAUGAUUAAUUAUAUCCAAGGCUACUAUUGAAGAUCCCUCUGCCAAAAAUAACAGCUCACUUACCGAGAGGUAAAGGCUGCAUAGAUCCAGUAAUGUAAAUAAAGCCUGAAUUGUGGGCCUGUGACCUUGCCCAGCACUUGGUGUCUAAUUCACCUCUUUUACCUAAAUUAUCCUAGACUUUGUUAAGUGUUCUGGACAAGGCAAAGCUUUUCUUCUUUAUUAAAACCUUAGCAUGUCUCCUUGAUCUGAAUUAUUUGCUUUCUGUUCAAGAUAGGUUGUAUCUUAAAUCCUGUCAUGAAAAAUAGAGUGUCUAAUAUCGCCAGUCACAUCAAAUGAGGUUUUCUCAUAACAAACAUUUAUCCUUAGUUUUAUGUCAUCUUGACCAAUGUUGCAGUAAUUUCUGUUAGCUGAUUGUGGUAAACAAUGUUUAAUGUGAAAAGAAAUUAAAACUUUCUUCAUCUGCUGUA